UUUUUUAACAUAAUAAGCGUUAAGCGGUCACAUCCGAAAUCCGCAUAAUGCAGCUUUGAGUGCAGAACGUUCGUACAUCCGUGUAUGAUUCGUUUCGUAUUUAAUACGCAAAGGAAGUUCUGCAAAAUGCUAUUUCUACGAAAUAGAGGAUUCCUGUCCUUUUACAUAGCCAACCAAACCGACAUGAAGUCCCGCAAAAUGAUAUUUCUACGAAAUAGAGCAUUCCUGUCCUUUUACAUAGCCAACCAAACUGACAUGAAGUCCCGCAAAAUGAUAUUUCUACGAAAUGGAGCAUUCCUGUCCUUUUGCAUAGCCAACCAAACCGACAUGAAGUCCCGCAAAAUGAUACUUCUACGAAAUGGAAUUUUCUUGUCUUUAAAUACCCGACUGAAGGCCUCCACCACGUUGCCGUUUUUUCUUCAAUAACCAUGGGUUGUCGUUACUUUACGGUGGAACUAACGUGAUGGUUCCUGAUGAUUCGAUUUUAGAAUUUUCAUACUUGCUGUCGACGUCGUACAUUUUCUUGUUAGCAGUGUCCAACGUUACACGAGUGUUAUGUAAGACUGUAGGCAAGAACAGCUGUCAUGCUAGGCUAGUUGUACUUCUCCCUUCAUCAGUGUUUCCUUUAGAUUCUGCUAUAUUCCUCUUGCUAAUUCUAUAGGUAAAGCACCGACAAAGCAGUGAACACAUUAGGUGCUAAGAUAAAGGUAUCCGGAAUAAUGGUUUGAAUCAUCCUCGGGUAUUAUUGGUAAAUCCUCAGUUAAUGAGAAUUUUUUUUUUUUUGACGUCGAUUGACAUGUCCUCAGAAUUAACCUCGGGUGCACUAUCAAAUAUCUACCCAUAACUGAGUGUGUGUAUUGUUUGUUUCAUUUGUCCUCGUUCACCGUCAUAAAUGAGAAACUAACAAGCGUGCCUGACCGCACGAGAGAGCAGACCUUCUGCAUGUGUUUGUGCUUCGCGGCGCGCAGGCAAGAGCUCGGCAUACCAAGACGGAGGCAUGAUUCCGGUGGCCAAGAUAGUGAAGAUAUUUAUAAGUAUUAUGAUCGAGCUUAAUAAAUCGCGCUCAGCUAGAGGCUCUAAAAAUAUUCUGACAUGUGAUGAAAUGCACUGAAACCAGGGCAAAACGUAAGGUCAUAUCAAAGGUGCUGGCUUACCGCCAGCGAUUCAUCAUAACGUUUAAUUGUUCUCAGUUCAGCUCCUUCUAUUUGAUAAUAGGCAAAGGCAUGCUCAAUGAAAUCCUGAAAUAUAUUGCAUCUGCUUGUAUGUUCAACUGCAACUCGCUUCAAGAUUUGUGUUGUGAUUUAUUGUCCAGUAUGAAAAACUCGUGCAUGCGAUUAAGAAACUUCUGGCGUUUAUUUCGAUGUAUUCUGUUUCACUUGUCGUGUCUAACGACUGGCUUCAGUUCAAUCUACCAGAAAUCUGCCAAGUAAAAAAACAAGCGUCGGACCAACAGCAAUUUCCAAGUUAGCUUAAACAGUAGCAUGUAUUGUAUGUACACUGUUGUUUCCCGUCUUUGAGAGGAGCAUUGGGGACUUUUAUUUGACGGGUGUAUUUUAAACUGAGAAGGAGGUUUUGCUGGAGAUGUUGAGGAUGAGCGAAAUCUGUUCAUGGAUUAUAAAACAUGGCAACAAGAUAUUAAACUUGCACGAAACCUGUCGAAAACCGCAUCAAUGUUGUAUCCAUGUGAAAAUGACAGGACGAAAACGCGCUCUCGAUUUUGUCGAAUAUUGAUGUGAUAAAUGGGGUAACUGUGUGUCGGGCAGGUUGGAGCCCAGUUGUCAUUUAAACUCAUGCUUGUGAUUGAAGAUUGGUCUCAGCUGUGUUUCUUCUACAGUGUAUGACACCAUUAUCAAAACAUUUCAAACCACAUCCGUUCUUCUGGCUCAAUUUAGCGCACCGCGAGGCAACAAACUGACAUUCACCAAUUAGCGUCGAGUGCGCGCGAUCAGGUUACCGUCCGCUUUCAUGCAGUUGUGCAUUUAAAUGUUCUCCAAACUUCCCGGACUGUCAGAUCAGUUGGUUAGACAAGAAGGCGUGGGAGGAUCACGAAUCCAAAGAAAAGAGAAUCGUCAAGAAUACCGGAUAACGAUGACGAAAUGGCUAGAAUCUCAGCUCUUGCUCGACCUCCUGUUGGCCUGGAGUGAGCCUGGACAGGAAGAAGACGACAGUAAACCGCUAAGUGAUUAUCUGAAACCGAAAUUCGACAUUCCACGAGAGUCCACCGAUCAGGUGACGAAAAACACCGUACAGUUUUUGAACUUAAAAAAAUGCUACGAAAAAGUUCAGAAGCGAUUCGAGGGCGUGUCGUCGCAAAGGCCUAUGGACUGCAACAUACUCAUGCUAGCUAAAUUCGACCCUACCUGGACGUCACGACGCAUCGAUGUUUAUGUACAGCGGCAUCCGGACAGUGCAAAACUCUGUGGAGACUUCAAUGGCCGAGUGAAGCUCUUGACUAAUGUGGAGAAGGAGAAUGAUGACACGACGUACUUUUCCGUGGAUCUCGAUAGCGUGUACAGAAGCGAUCGGAAUAUUCCCGUUUACAAACUCUCGACGGUUGAUCCUUUGCGAAGGAAUAAAUUUAUUCUCGUGAUACGGCUGGUAUCCGAUGGAGGAAAUACGGAUGAACAAUUCCUCAGCCCUGUUUUCCACAUUCGAAGUCGAAGAUCAACCAGAACGACCGCAAAGGCCGAACAAGACGAUCGUGGAUAAUUGAUGAGGGAUAUAUCAUGAUAUCCAUGGAUAUUUUCCUACCUUAAAUCGCACACACAGUCUUUUCAUCACGAUUUUCUUCCAUUUGCAGUUCAUCGUUAAACGUAGUCGCGUUUUCGCUGUGUAAAGUAAUGUUAUGAAACUUUUCUAGAGAUGUAUUACCUUAUGUGCAAAGCGAUGUUAACAUGUUCAUAUUUGAUAUAUAAUUGUUCAACACAAUUAAGAAAUUAAAAAAAAUUAACACAAAA